AUGUCAAUAGUUUCUUUACUGGGGAUUAAGGUACUGAACAAUCCUGCCAAGUUUACUGAUCCAUACGAAUUCGAAAUUACCUUUGAAUGCUUGGAACAGUUGAAGGACGAUCUAGAGUGGAAACUCACAUACGUGGGCUCUUCGAGGUCGCUAGAGCACGAUCAAGAGCUUGACUCGAUUUUAGUUGGUCCAAUUCCUGUAGGAAUAAAUAAGUUCAUACUGACGGCCGAUGCUCCGUCCCCGGAACUAAUUCCAGCGAGUGAGUUGGUUAGUGUUACGGUCAUCUUAUUGAGCUGUUCAUACAAGGAGCGAGAGUUUGUCCGUGUUGGAUACUAUGUCAAUAAUGAGUAUGAUUCCGAAGAAUUGAGGGAGAAUCCCCCGACAAAGGUUCAAGUUGACCAUAUCGUGAGGAACAUUUUGGCUGAAAAACCCAGAGUGACGAGGUUCAACAUUGUUUGGGACAAUGAAGGUGAGAUGGACGAAUACCCACCAGAACAAGGCGAGGGAGAAGACGAAAACGGUGAAGCUGUCAUUGAUAUGGGCGCCAACGAGGAUGAGGAUGAAGAGGAUGCAGAUGAGGAAGAAGUUGAGGAAGAAGAAGAAGAAGACGGAGAGGACGACGAACUGUAUCCUGAUUUCAUAUACCCAAAUACCAAUCCUAUAUCUGAGGAUGCUACACAACUGAAAUAUGCUUACAGAUCAACUGGAGAGGUCUUUGGCCAGCUGGUUGAAGAAGUGCAUCAUGACAGAGAUCCAUUACACAAUAGUAGAGUCAUUACCUCCGAGGAAGCGCUGGAAGGUGUCGACCCUAGGUACCGUGAUCCACAAACAGGACAGUUGCUAAAUGCGGCCACUUCCAAGGAAGCUAGGCUUGAUAGCGAGACUUUGUGGGGCCGUGUUAAUCAAAAACAAAUAAGGAUUCCCGAUGCUUUGGCUGAUGUGAUUCAGAAUAAUCUUUUAUUCCAAUAUGAGCCGAAAGCAUUCAAGGAACAUGUUGUGCAAUGGUAUACUAGCAUAAAUGAGUCGGGAUUAAGACAGGAAUGUAAAUCAGAGCUGGAUGCUGAUGUAUCUAUUGCUGCCUCUUUUGCGCAGGAUUAUGCUGUAUCUUACCAAGUUUUAGAUGAGUAUGUGAAGAGGUUAGGAAAAGAAAAGACGAGUAAGAUUAAUAGCGUCUUGGAUAUUGGGGUAGGUCCGUCUGUCUCCAUGUUGGCAUUUAAUGAAAUAAUGGGGGAUACUUGGAACCCUGAGAGAAAAGAUUCUGUCGUCUAUGGAAACUUCCACAUGGCAAGGAGAGCCAAACUCUUGUUGAGCAGGCAAAUCAAUGAGAAUUUUUCUAGAGAGAAAGAAUUGGAAGAAUUCCAAGAAGACAGUGGAGAGAAUGCAGAGAAAGAAGAGCCUUUAAAAGAGAGCAUAAAUAUCAAUAAUUCUAAUGGGCCGCUAAAUGAAUAUGGAGAAGAAGAAGUAUUUGUUGGUAAGGUCAAAACGAAGUCGUUGAAAGUGAAAACUGUUUUGCUCGACAGGCUCCGUCCAAAGGAUAUCAAAUACGAUCUUAUAGUAGUUUCCCACCAACUUUUAAAAUCCAUGGAGUAUUUCCCAUUUGAAGUUGAUUCCCUCUUGGAGGAGUACGUGAGGCGUUUAAAUCCAGGUGGACAUUUGGUAUUGAUCGAGAGAGGGACACCAUUAGGAUCAGAGAUUAUAGCCAGAGCAAGGCAAGUUAUCUUAAGACCAGAAAAUUUUCCAGAUGAGCUGCAGAAAUAUCCAAGGCCAUUCAAAAGCUCAGCAAAAAAGAUGUCCGCCAAAGAACAGCUUAGAUUGUCUAAAUUAUCGCCUGAAGAAAAAGCACUUGCAAUGAAAAAUCUUGAGCCUGAGUUAUUGAAAAACUUUGAGGUUGUUGAAGAUGAAGAAAUUGCUGAAGGGCUAGAUGCUCUAGAUGAACCGAUAGAUAUGUCUAUUAUUGCACCGUGCUCACAUCAUGGCAAAUGCCCUUUACAAUUUUUUGAUCCACAGGUCUACUUAUAUGGACAGAUCGGUAAAAAGCUAAAAUUUUGCAGCUAUAACGUAUCUGUCCAUAGGCCAAAUUACCUUUUAGAGUUAAAGAGAGGAAAAAAGUUGGCUGUGAAAUGGACAGCUGCAAAUAGUGGUGUAGGCAUAAGCAGUUUAGCAAGAGCUGGAAGGGGCAGAGAAAAUGGUAAUGAUUAUGAGACUGCAAGCUACUCAUAUCUUAUUACAGAAAGAUCAGUAGAAGACGGUCCCAGCUUGGAAAAGGAGAGAGUGAAAAGAGCAGAAGAUGGCUUUGAAAAAAGAGAAAUAGGAUACAGAGCACAAAACAGAGGAGAAUACCCUAGAAUACUCUCAGCUCCAAUGAAGAAGAAAGGUUAUGUUAUAAUGGAUUUGUGUGCCCCAUCAGGACAUCUAGAAAAGUGGCACGUUUCCAAAUCUGUUGGAAAGCAAGAGUACCAUGAUGCUAGGAAAUCUGAAAUGGGCGAUCUUUGGGCCCUGGGUUAUAAGUCUGCAAACCAGUCUCGAAAAGAAAAUACAUUCUACUUCGAAAGAAUUGAGGAAAAAAGAGAAAACCUCAGAAAGAAGAAGAAGAAAGAUGCCACUCGACUUAAGCGCAAAAUCUCGAAAGAUUAUAAGGAGGCUCUUGAAUCCGAAAACGAGGAUCUCGACGAGGAUGUGGUACGUAUGGCUAAGAUUGAUGCCUACGAGUUUUUAACCAAACCGAAAGAGACAGAGAAGCUAAAAGAUAAAAGUAAAUAUAGAUUUUAA